AUGCCACACAUGCUACACUACACGUUGGUGUGCUAUAAUGGUACCAGAGAUGCUUUAUGUAGUGAAUCAACAAUUCUGUCUUCAUUCUCAAAUUGUUCUUCUAACUUUCUCUAUCUGAAAACAAGUCAAUCCAAAUUGCCGAUUCUAGAUCACCCUUUCUUUCAACUCGUCAUUAUCAUGACACCAAUUCGGUUCAGUUCAGCUAGCUACUAUUACUUUUAUGAGCAGAAGAACUCUGACAAACAAACAACCUCAGUGAAAAACAAGACACAAAUGUCUGGUGUUUCUCUAGCUAUGGCAGGCACAGGCACAAACACAAAUCCUAAGCAACAAGCAGCUUCUGCUGCACCAGUUGGCAGCAUGAACAUGAUGGGCUCUCUGCGUGUGAUAGAGGUUCAGCUCGUGGCCUUCGUUUUGGUAUUCUCAGCAAGUGGUCUUGUCCCUCUCUUUGAUCUUCUCUUCCCUGCCCUUACCACCAUCUACCUCAUGGCACUUGCACGUUUCGCCUUCCCAUCAAACGUGCGAGGCGGCCCCCGCCAGAUCAUCUUCCAUGGAAGCAGAGGAUUCCAGGCCUAUGUGGUGGUUGGAACCACCGUGGGGCUGUUCUUGCCUCUGGCAUAUGUGUUGGGAGGGUUUGGAAGAGGGGAUGAGCUUGCAGUUCAAUCUGCAAGUCCUCAUCUUUUCUUGAUGUCUGUCCAGAUACUCACAGAGAAUGUGAUAAGUGGCUUGUCACUUUUUUCUCCACCAGUGAGAGCAUUGGUGCCUUUGAUGUAUACUAUAAGGAGGAUCUUUGUGGAUGUUGAUUGGGUACAAAAUGUUUGGCUCUACAAGACUUUGCCACAAAAUGCACUACUUAAGGACAAGGCAUGGUUUUGGUUUGGGAGGGUUCUGGCUGUGGCUAAUCUGGUUUAUUAUGCUGUCAAUCUGUGUGCGUUCUUGAUACCAAGGUUCCUUCCAAGAGCUUUCAAGAGAUAUUUUCAAGAGAGGGAUGAGAUUUAUGCUAAGGAAGCUGAAGACAAGCUAAAUGUGGCGAAAUACUGAUCUCAUCCACCAGUGGAGAAGCAAGAUUAAGGGCUUUGAUUUGCCAGUUAACAUAGAUUUGCUAUUUCAAAGAGUUCAGCACCUUCUUUUCCUUGAAAUUGUGAUGAAUGUGAAUGAAAUACCAGUUUGGACAUAAAGUGAAGCUUUUUUAUAUUGGUUUUGAAAAUUUUAUUAUAUAUCAAUCACACUCACGAACGAUAGAUA